UGGAGGCCGAUGCUAGCGACCAGUUCAAUUCCAGCAGAAGGUUGCGUUGCACGUAUUUGCGACUCGUUUUCUAGCGACGAAUUUUUUCAUCGUAUCUGACUUUAAAAAGUAUAUCCCUUGUUCUCGAAAUUGCUUGCAUUCGGAUCACAAAAAUGGGACUAGUGUAUAUAACUUGCAUUCUGUUGGCUACAACAAGCUGCAGCAUUGCGGGUCACAACGUGUCUACAGGGCAAGAAGAUAAUAAAGUUGCCGUUCCUCAAACAGCGAAUCUAACUACUACGCUUGAUUCUACGGAACCAAAAAUUACGAACGAUACUCAUGGCAAAACUACCGACAAUGCUACUAUCAUUAUCCCUAUUUCUACCAAUCCUAAUAGUACCACUGUUCAAUCGACAGUAUCAUUACCACCAACACAAACCACAACAAAACCUACUGACAAACCUACAACUAACACUACAGUUGCGCCGACUACAGCUCCCGUUACUAAUGGUACUACUACUAUAACUGCUAAUACUACUACAAGCGAAAUGUCAACUGUUAUUUCAUCACCGGUCACAACUGCACUUCCUGUAUCGACAAAAGAUCCAACGCCGCCUUAUAAGGAAAGACAUUUCGAUGGCCUCAGUUUCUUAGGUGGCAUUAUCUUAGCUAUAUGUUUGAUGGGAAUUGGAGUGUUUUCAAGGAAAUUUUAUAGAACACUAAGCGAACGAAACUACCGCACGCUAUGAUGUUGCAAAAGUCACGAAUGCGAAAAUACCUUUUUUGACAAGUAAAUGCAGUUAUUUGAACUGAAAACUAUAAAUUUUACUAUAACAAUAUUGCGUAUUUUUAUAACGCACUUAAGUGUCGCGUGGUUUAAGUGCUCUUAGUAAUGUGAUGUGCAAAAUACGAGUUUCGUUUCUUUGUACCUAAUUACAAAGAUGAGUUACAUUACGAUAUUGUCUCUCCAUGUACUCGCAUGCGCAUUGUGAUAGUGAAUGCAAUUGCGAGAAAGAAAAAAUAAUAAAUGUGAAAGGGGCAAAUAGAAGGGGAAAGUAGAGAACUUAAGGGCGCGAAAGAGAAAGGUGAAAGAAACUGAACGUUACCAUGCGCAUGCGCGACUCGUGCACGAAUGUUGACGACCAAUCAAACUCGCAUUCCAUUAAAAAGAUCAAUUCUGCAAGAUAAUAAUCUACGUAUUAUUUUCCGUUUAUAAGAAACAUUUUUUAUUUUUCUUAUUUUGUACUCGUUUACGAUCUAUCGUAUGUGUGAUAAAAGCAACGGUUAAAUUAAUAUAAGAAUAAUUAAAUGUACACAGAUAUAAAGGUUCCUAUGUGUAUAUUCAUAAUGAAAACAGAUAUAAGAGAAGACUACUUUCAUCUAUAGAUAAAGUAAAAAGUUUAAUCGAAGAGCGAGCCCUGUGGAAUAAACAGGGAUAUCGCUUUGGUGGGUUCAAAGUUAUUAUAUUCGUUUAAUUCAAAGCUAUCCUCGUCACGAAGAUGAUAUUUAGUUAGAAAUUUUUGGCAAUGAUGACGAUGUUCUGUGCCAUUCAAAUGAAUGAAAUUACGUUCAUACGUGUAAAGUAUAGAUGCACCUACAAAUGAUUUUAUCCUAUAAUACCGUUGCGAAACCUUCAUACGAUUUAAUGAAGAGAUGAAACUUCUGAAUCUCGACCUUCGUACCUGUUGGAAGAUAUAGUUCUAUAAUAAUUGAUAAACAUUGAAACUGACUUUGAGCAUAUAAAGAACUUUGUAUAUGCCUUUUAACGUUUCACGUAGCAAUCAAUCAAAUGACGUAUAUUUUUUAUUUGUAUUCUUUUUUGUUUUCUUUUCCUUAAUAAUAAUAAGUUAAAAAUGAAUAGAGCUUAAUCCUUAUUUUUUAUUUACGGCAAACGUUUUGUUUUAAUUUAAUUAAAAUAAUUACCAACGCGACUAUGGAUGUACUGCGACCGUGGCCAAUAAUAACAUUGGCUCCUAAAAUUUCUUUUGUACUUUCCAAUACAGUCAUGAUACGUUCGAUAUUGUCUGGUAAAGAGUUGAAGCAUUUACGCGCAGAAUGAUAGUUUUCCCACAACAGUUUUCCUAUAAUGUGCACCAAACGUUUACUUGAAAAUUGUACAGUUACGCAACGAGUUUACCAGCAUUCGGAGGAACACACGAUAUCUAAAUAAGUAACUUUGGAAACAUAUUAAAACGAGAGACAGGAUUUACUAUUAUACGCAAAGCAGCCUAAAU